UAGAGCAAACCAGGUGUCACUAGGAUUUUCUCCCCCCUAACUCCGUUGCUCGUCUUCCUCCUAGCGCGCGAGCGCCGCCACCCCUCGCUCCCCAUCCCGCUGCCGAGCGCCCCAGCCCCCAAGGUCGUCUUCCUCCUCGCACGAGCGCCUCCACAGCAGGUAAAAGAAGAUGGCUGAAAUUGACACCUUCCUCUUCACAUCUGAGUCUGUCAAUGAGGGACAUCCUGACAAGCUCUGUGACCAGAUAUCUGAUGCGGUGUUAGAUGCAUGCUUGGCUGAAGACCCUGACAGCAAGGUUGCUUGUGAGACAUGCACCAAGACCAACAUGGUCAUGGUCUUUGGUGAGAUCACUACCAAGGCCAAUGUUGACUAUGAGAAGAUUGUCAGGGAUACUUGCCGUGGUAUUGGUUUUGUGUCCAAUGAUGUAGGGCUUGAUGCUGACCACUGCAAGGUACUUGUCAAUAUUGAGCAGCAGUCCCCUGACAUAGCGCAGGGUGUCCACGGUAACUUCACCAAGCGCCCUGAGGAGAUUGGCGCGGGUGACCAGGGUCAUAUGUUUGGAUAUGCAACUGAUGAGACUCCUGAGUUGAUGCCUCUCAGCCAUGUUCUUGCUACCAAGCUUGGUGCUCGUCUCACUGAGGUCCGCAAGAAUGGGACCUGCCCAUGGCUGAGGCCUGAUGGGAAGACCCAGGUGACUGUAGAGUAUCACAAUGACAAUGGUGCGAUGGUCCCUAUACGUGUCCACACUGUGCUCAUCUCUACCCAGCAUGAUGAGACUGUGACCAAUGAUGAGAUUGCUGCUGAUCUGAAGGAGCAUGUGAUUAAGCCUGUCAUCCCGGAGCAGUAUCUUGAUGAGAAGACCAUUUUCCAUCUCAACCCAUCUGGUCGCUUUGUCAUUGGUGGACCUCAUGGCGAUGCUGGUCUCACUGGUAGGAAGAUCAUCAUUGAUACUUAUGGUGGCUGGGGAGCCCAUGGUGGAGGCGCUUUCUCUGGCAAGGACCCAACCAAGGUGGAUCGCAGUGGAGCAUAUGUUGCCAGGCAAGCAGCCAAGAGCAUUGUUGCUAGUGGCCUUGCCCGCCGCUGCAUCGUCCAAGUGUCUUAUGCCAUCGGUGUACCUGACCCACUCUCGGUGUUUGUUGACACGUACGGCACAGGCAAGAUCCCCGACAAGGAGAUCCUCAAGAUCGUCAAGGAGAACUUCGACUUCAGGCCAGGCAUGAUCAUCAUCAACCUUGACCUGAAGAGGGGUGGGAAUGACCGCUACCUCAAGACGGCGGCAUACGGUCACUUUGGCAGGGAUGGCCCGGACUUCACCUGGGAGGUUGUGAAGCCCCUCGAGUGGAAGAAGCCUUCUGCCUGAGCAAAGAGUCGCGGACAGAUUCAUUUUGGAACUUUUACUUGUCACUCUGUGACAAUGUCUCUGAAAAUCGUUUAAUCUGCACAUCGCAGCAAGUAAUCUCUCUGUUCACUGUUCUAGUAGCUGCAAGUGUGUCUUAAGCUUUUAUUCCUAGUGUCUAUGUGUUAAAUAUGAGACUAUCGUGGGUGUGCUGCUUGUGUUCUUUUCUGCUCAUGUAAUGGUGAAGAAAAGAUAGAAAUCAUCAAUGAAAUGAAACUUUCUACUUUUUGGUUA